AUGUAUGCUCUCAGUAACGGCCGAGAAGCUGUGAUCUUCGGGUCCACGAUAUCAAUGAUCAUAACGACGGCUUUUGGUAGCAACACAAUCGACCUCUCAUCACAAGAGUGGACUCUCUCCAACCGGGACUAUAACAUCUCCGUUGCGGGCAAAGUCCCAUCGCACGUACACCUCGAUCUUCUCGCCGCUCAGGUCAUUGGCGACCCAUACUUUGGUUUGAACGACUUCAAUCUUCGCUGGGUGGCAUGGGCGGAUUGGAACUAUACGACUACGAUCCCGAGUCCCCAACUUGACGACCCCACGGAAAGCAACACCACCACAUACUUGCUUUUCAACGGUCUAGACACCAUCACCAAUAUCUGGCUAUGUGGUCAAAAGGUUGCGAGCACAGAUAAUCAGUUUCGACAAUAUUAUUUCGACGCAUCCCCCAUACUUCGAUCCUGCCCGAAUGGGAAUGCUCCAGAGCUCUUGAUCCAAUUCCUUAGUGCCCCAGCAACUGCAGCCUACCUUUCCUCGCAACCAGGAGCUGAGACUUGGCCCUGGGGAGUCGAGGGCCUGUUCGAAUUCCCCCAUCGUCCAUUUAUCCGUAAGGAACAGUCUGACUUCGGAUGGGACUGGGGUCCUGCAUUCGCACCAGCGGGAAUAUGGCAGAAGGCCUGGAUUAUCCAACUACAGGGGGAGGACCUGAGCGUGAGAAAUUCCAUCUUUGAUUUAUAUCGCGUGGGCCAGCUGCCCUAUCUUCAGCCAGACCAAGGAGCAGACUGGAUCCUAAAUGCCAGUAUUGACGUGCUCGGGACGGUGCCAGAAGGGGCAAUGUUGAAAUAUUCCGUCUUUGACGUAGCGACAAAUGAGACAGUGGGCAGUGGAGAAUUAACGAAUGUCACCAACGCGGGAGAUGUCAUCACUGGUCAGGCCAUCUUAGGUAGCAGCGACUACAAGCUCUGGUGGCCGUCUGGUCUGGGUGAACAGAACCUGUAUAAUAUUGGCGUUGAAAUCAUCUCUCCCUCAGGAACGAAGCUGGCGACUGUCGUCAAGCGUACCGGCUUUAGGACCAUCGUUCUAAACUUGAGCGAGGUCACACAAGCUCAGCUUGCCCAGGGAAUUGCGCCGGGAAACAAUUGGCACUUUGAAGUCAAUGGCCAUGAGUUCUACGCCAAGGGAAGCAACUUCAUUCCACCAGACGCUUUCUGGCCACGAGUCACACCGCAGAGAAUCCAGCAACUUUUCUCAUCAGUCAUUUCAGCGAACCAGAACAUGCUUCGAGUUUGGGCAAGCGGUGCAUAUUCACCAGAUUUCAUGUAUGACCUUGCCGAUGAGAUGGGAAUCCUACUAUGGAGCGAAUUUGAGUUCGGAGACGCUCUCUACCCCGUGAAACCUGCUUUCCUCGAGAAUUCAAGACGAGAAGCUGUCUAUCAAGUUCGAAGAAUCAACCACCAUCCGUCUCUUGCCCUUUGGGCGGGGGGUAACGAGCUCGAGAACCUUGAACUGCACGAGGUGUUUGAGGCAGCACCGGAGGAAUACGAUCGCUACCUGCACGAAUAUGAGACACUUUUCCUAGAAACUCUCCUUCCGGCAGUGUAUGGAAACUCGAGGAGUAUCACGUAUAUACCUUCGAGUACAACUAAUGGGUACCUCUCUCUCAACUUUAGCAGGCCUAUCCCGAUUAUACAGCGGUACGACAACGUUACACCAGGAAGCAUAUACGGUGACACCGACCACUACAACUACCAUGCAGAUAUGGCCUUCAACAUAACAACGUAUCCGCAAGGUCGCUUUGCCAAUGAAUUUGGUUUCCAUAGUAUGCCGUCUAUGGAGUCCUGGCUCCCUGUCCUUCCAGAAGAGGAGCUUCAUUUCAACUCAUCCACGAUUCAACUCCGCAACCAUCACUACCCCUCUGGCGGCCUCAAUACAUCAAAUUUUGCCAACAGCACAAAGGGAAUGGGCGAGAUGACUAUUGCAGCAGAAUUGUACUAUCCUGUCCCAAAUAAGACAUCUCCACAGGCGAACUUCUCGAGUUGGAUCCAUACUACACAAAUAUUCCAGGCAGAUUAUUAUAAAAGCCAAAUCCAGUUCUAUCGCGCCGGAAGUGGACGACCUGAAAGGCAGUUGGGUAGUUUAUAUUGGCAGCUCGAAGAUAUAUGGCAGGCGCCGACUUGGGCCGGCGUUGAGUACGACGGUAGAUGGAAGGUCCUUCAUUACAUCGUCAAGGACAUCUUCAAGAAUGUUGUAGUCACACCGGUGUGGAAUGUGAGCAGUGGAAUUCUGACCGUUUAUGCUGUCAGUGAUCUCUGGUCGGAGGUGCAAGGGAGUGUGAGCAUGGCAUGGUUGAAUUGGGCGGGGGAGGAGGCCAAUAUCUCUGGAGGACACGCGAUGGGCACAACGGACUUUGUUGUGAAGCCGCUCAACAGUACUAUCCUGGCAACUAUUGAUGCCGGUGGGAUGUUUAGAAGUGGUAUCAACGACGAUAAGGAUGCCGUACUCGUUGUUAAUCUCACGGCCACUGGGACACUUCCCAAUACCAACGCCACCAAGACUUUCACUCACGCGAAUUACUGGACGCCAACUCCUCUCGCUGGCGCGGCACUUAGAGAUCCGGGUUUGAAAGUCAGCUAUAACAGCGAAACCGAUCAGUUCACCGUCACUGCAGUGAGCGGCAAUAGCGCGUGGACUUGGCUUGCUUUGGACCCUGACGAUUCCCCAAACACAAUCAUUGCUUUCGAUGAUAAUGGGUUCUUCUUGCGACGAGGGGACACCAAGACAGUUGGGUACGAGAUCAUUGGCGGCAGCCAACCAUCUGCUGGUUGGCCGGGAAGAGUGACUGUACAAAGUAUUUGGAACAAUACCUUGGCGGACUAG